AUGAUAAGCCUCAAUGAGAAGUCAAUCGACCAUGAAAUCGAAGCAAUUAGAGAACAAUGUCAAGGAAAUCGGCGUGGUGACCCUUCAAGAUCCCGCGAGAAAAAGCGUUGCAAAUAUUGCGGGGGAAUGCAUGAAUUUGAUAAGAAUUCCUGCCCAGCAUAUGGAAAGUCGUGUAAGAACUGUGGUUUUCGCAAUCAGUUCUCAAGGGUUUGCCAGAAGAAACGGAAUGAAACUACACGAUCGGUCAAGGAGAUUACCAAAGAUGUUUCUAGUGACUCUGGUGAUUCAGUGUACACAGUUUCCGUUUUGCCCGAGUUUCCGGAUGAUCAAGAGGUUUUAUCGAUGCAAACAAAAUAUAAACAAUUCAAGAGUAAAAUUCUAACCGUAAUGAACAUUAAAGGGGGAAAAGAGACAAGUUUUCAAGUCGAUACGGGCGCCACUUGCAAUGUGAUUAAACAGAAGGAACUGUCUGGGACGAAAUAUAUGAAAAAAAUGAAGAAAACAAAGCAAGUCCUCAAGAUGUAUAACUCUUCCACUUUGAAACCAGUCGGUCAGUGUAUGGUGCAAUUACAAAAUCCUGAAACAUGCAAGAAGUACAAGGUUGAAUUUACGGUUAUAGACGAUGGGAAAUGUACGAAUCUUCUCGGAAGUCGAGCAGCACAGCAGAUGGGUCUUGUUAAUGUGAAUUACGACAACAUGAAAAUUCUAGCUGUCAGAGUCAGACCAGAAAGGGGAUUCACAUACCACGAUGACGUCAUCAGAGUCAAGUCCGACGGAAAGGUCGACGCAUUCCAUAUUGACCUCUCCAGAACCAAGUCAAACUGGAUUGACCAUGGAACAGAUCACUAGCGAAUACAAAGAUAUUUUCGAGGGACUGGGGCAGCUUGGACCGAAACUCCAUUUGGAACUAGAAGAAAACGUGAAACCUGUACAACAAGCAGUGAGAAAAAUACCUGAGUCCAUGAAAGAUCCACUGAGAAGCCACCUAGCUGAGCUCGAAGAGAAAGGUAUAAUCGAGAGAGUGUAUCAACCUACAGAAUGGAUAAAUUAUAUUGUUGUUGCAAAGAAAUCCAAUGGAAGUAUUCGCCUAUGCCUACAUCCUCGUCCACUUAACAAGGCACUCAAGAGAUGUCACCACCCCAUGCAGACCAUUGAAGAUAUAUUACCUGAGCUUGGUAAAGCAAAAGUUUUCUCCAAGUUGGACUGUCUCAAUGGUUAUUGGCAAGUCCCUUUGGAUGAAGAAUCUUCCCUCCUUACGACGUUUGGAACGUCUUUCG